ACAGCGACUUCUUCGAUAUGCGAUACUUCCCUUGCACCGUGAUUCACUCGAUAUACAACUCGCCAAUUGUUCGAGAAACCCCAACCGGAUUACUCAUUCACCAUGGUUAACUACUACAACAUUGCCGGCCGCAAGAUUGGCUCCCACCACCUUGCCAUGGGCAUUCUCGGUGGUCUCUUUGGCGGUAUCUACCUUGCUUCCAGCGGUGGUAGCAAAAAGCAGGUGCAAACACCUCCCAUUAACGCCGGAUCCAAGGAUGAGGAAAAGUUCAUUCAGUACGUCUAUUUCUCUAUCGGAUGACUUUGAAUUACAUGCUCCCAAUUACUUGAUUCCGCACACAACAUCUCGUCAUCUGUCGGAAGUGUGAUGCUAACCAUUUUCCAUAUAGGGACUUCCUCAAGAGCGUUGAAGGCGAACAAAAAGCACAACACUAAUCUCCUCAUCUUUCGUGACGAGUCUGUAUUAUAACCGCGAUGUCGAUUUUAUCAUGAGAAAAGGCCGAGCAUUAUCAGCGUGAUCGUCGAAGGUUGGUCUACCGGGGGAAUUCGCCUGUGAAAAACUUCCGAAUGUUUGGCAGUCCUGGGAUUGUUUAUUAUCAUCAAGUACUGCUGAGGGAAUUGUACAUAUAAAAUCUACAUCGUCAUCAACUUUAUAUCAUCAUCACCCAUAGAACGAAUCAUUUCGUUAUUGUACCUGGGAUAAUAUACGGAUUGGCACGGCUACUAUCUAGCCCUUUGAGUAAUAGAUUGUAUGCAUUGUAUGGUAGAAUCUAGAAUGG